AUGGUCGUUGCCAAUCGAUUUCAUGGUAAAAUAGCUAUUGUCACCGGCGCUGGAUCAGGUAUAGGACGAGCUGUUGUUUUACGUCUUGUCGAUGAGGGUGCUUACGUUCUUGGUAUUGAUCUUAAUGAAGCUGGAUUAAAAGAAACUGUACAAUCAUCACGUCAUCCAGAACGUAUUUCAAUAGCUGUUAUGUCUAUUACAGAUGAAGAAAAAAUCAUCGAAAAAGUUAAUGAAUAUAUUACUCGUCAGGGGCGUCUUGAUGUUCUUGUUAAUGUAGCUGGUAUCUUACUUACAGGUUCAAUAGUAGAUACUUCAAUAGAGGAAUUUCGUUCAGUUCUUGAUACAAAUGUAAUUGGUACAUUUUUAAUGUGUCGUACUUGUCUUCCUCAUUUAGUGACUACAAAAGGUAAUAUUAUAAAUACAGCUUCAACAGCCGCUUUACAUGGCCAUCCCUUUAUGUCAGUAUAUGCAGCAAGUAAAGGAGCUAUUGUUGCAUUUACAAAAUCUCUUGCACGAGAAUAUCUUCUUCAAGAUGUACGUGUUAAUGUGGUAGCACCAGGUGGUAUUGAUACUCCAAUGAAUAAGAAUUUUCGACUACCAUUAGAUAUAAAUAAUCAUUUAUUUGAUAAUUUAAAAAUGCCCAAUGGAAGAUUUGGUAAAACAGAAGAUGUAGCUGGCGUUAUAGCUAUGCUCGCAUCUCAAGAUGGAUGUUUUAUUAAUGGUGAUAUUAUUCGAAUUGACGGUGGUGUUCAUAGUUAA